CACGCUUGCGCAAAACAAUGUUGUCAUUUUAACUGUAGAAACAUGUCUGUGCCCGUGGUGCGAGCGACCGUCCGAGCGGUCACCAAAAGAAAACUAUUGCCUACAAAAGCAGCACUGACACUGACUCCAGCAGCUGUGAACAAGAUCAGGUUCUUGUUGCAGGAGAAGCCAGAAUAUAUCGGUUUGAAGGUUGGAGUGAGAACACGUGGCUGCAAUGGACUGAGCUACACACUGGACUACACCAAGGAGAAAGACAAAUCUGAUGAGGAAGUCAUACAGGAGGGGGUGAGAGUGUUCAUAGAGAAGAAGGCUCAGCUGACCCUUCUGGGAACUGAGAUGGACUUUGUGGAGUCAAAGCUCUCCAGUGAAUUUGUCUUCAACAAUCCCAACAUCAAGGGCACAUGUGGCUGUGGAGAAAGCUUCAACAUAUGAACAUAACAGAGUCACCGUCCUCCCACAGCCAUCCUGCUCCAAACACUGUCCCAUCCGUAAAGACUGAGGGACUGAAUGUUGACAAGGAAGUCAGUCUGGAGGAAAUCUCUGAGACGUGGACGUGCCUCCGGUCCUAUCACUACUCUUCCUCUGUUGUACCACUUGCAUACAUGUACCCCGGCAGUCCAAGUAUGCAUUUUGUUUAGGGGAAGGUGUUAAUACAGUCUUUGUAGUUGAAACCAUGUCAACGUAAAGAUUCUAGGUUCAGAUAACUGUGAUGUCUGCAGCUGCCUUUUUACAUUCUGGGAUCUGCAUCUGAAAAACCAUAGAUGGGCCUCAAAAGCAAGGUGUGUGUUUCUUUUCUUUUCUUUUUUUGUGUCAUUUUACAGAAAAGCAUUUUCUAAAACUCAGUCAAGUCUCACCAUGACUUGUAUGCUGGAGAAAAUGGUACAGCACAGGCCAAGAACGUGUUCACUAAAGCUGAGAUUUGACAAGAUUUAAAAGUAAGAGAACAAAGCAUGACACUAUUAAAUAUCCUGUGUUCAAGUUUGACUCUGUCCACCAAAGUCAAGAUGUCAGGGCCAUCAUCAGCUGUUUGAUGAAGUCACUGUUAGAUAGUGUCCUGUACCAGCAGUAUGCAAAAAUGGAAGAGGCUGAGUUUUUUUAAUCUGCUUUAUCAGGUUGUAAAGUCUGAAAUGUUAAAGUAUAUUUAUCUCUCCGUAAAUGUAAAGAAUGCAGUAUCCCAUGAACCACGCAAACGCACAAAAAGCAACAACGCACAGAAUGUGUUCUUACACAGGAAUGCAGAAGUUUUAUGUUACUUUCUUUUUGCUUGAUCCAACCCAGGACUUUGUGUUUGUAUAGACUGUUCUUAGGUUUUAUAACAUGUGCAAUACAUCUGUGUACAUAUGAAAUAAUAAAUGGCAAAAUCCAGUACUACGA